AUGGCACCCAAUGUCUCUUGCGGCUGUGUCAGAACCGCCGAUCAGUCAAUGCCGGAUCUGAAGUCUGCCAUGUUCCCGCAGUUCGAUGUGUCUGAGACAGGUUCUGAGCACCUGGAAUUUGCCAGCCGGAUCUACCACGUUGCACCUGAUGAUCUGAGAGACACGUGCUCUGCUCUCUGUGCAGCAUGGGCGAUCCUUCUUGGCUGCUUCACCGGGCUGGAUGAUGUGUGUUUCGGCUUUGACAGUCAGCACAGCGUUACCGAAACGUCGGGACUUGCAGAGCGCAUGAGACAAGCUGUGCAUGCUCGCUUGCCUGCCAAUCAGCGCGUUGGAGAAAUUCUCAACGGCAGCUUUUCGUCGCUGGUGUUGAUGAGCGACGAAAAGGCCAAAACGCUAUUCAACACGAUUUUGUCAAUUCAGAACCACGGAAAUGAGCCUAGAAACAGUAGCGGACAACAUCCUUUGUGGUGCAAAAUUCGCAUGACGGUAGAUCCCGUGACGCUUGAAAAUGUCUUGACAUGGGACCCUUCCUUCAUGGGCCAAGAUCAAGCAGAGAACAUCAGCAGCACCUUCGACAAGAUUUUCAGGGAAAUCAUCAACCACCCGGAGACUCUCCUAUCACAAGUCAGCUUCUUCAGUGAGCGAAAUGAGCGACAAGUUUUGGCCUGGAACAGCAACCCUAUGAGAAAUGUGCGCAAGUGCAUCCAUCAGGCCGUGUCAAUGCAGGGAGCGUUGAGACCUGAUGAAGAAGCUGUUUGCGCUUGGGAUGGGAGCUUUUCCUACCAACAGGUCCUUUCACUAGCAGAUCGUCUCGCCUGUCGUCUGCAAGCCUCUGGAGUUGGGCCUGAAGUCUUUGUGCCCAUCUGCUUUGACAAGUCCAAAUGGGUCGUUGUUUCGAUGCUGGCGAUCCUCAAAGCAGGCGGCAUCUUUGUCCCUCUCGACCCUUCUCAACCACUGCUUCGUCUACAAUCUCUCGCGCAAAAGGUGGAAGCCAAGACGAUCUUGUGCUCUCCUCAGCAUCAGCGCAUGCUGGAGAGCGUAGCGCCAGAGUUGAUUCCUGUCGAUGAGCAGCUGUUCACCGAGCUACCCAACCAAAGCGAUGAGGUUGACUGUGGAUCGUGGCAUAACGGAGCCUACAUGAUAUUUACAAGUGGCACAACGGGUGAGCCCAAAGGAGCCCUGAUCCAACAUGGAGCUCUCAUGUCGAGCGCACUUGCUCACGGGCCUGCUAUGAUGAUGGACUCCAAUACACGAUCGUUCCAAUUCGCUGCGUCUACCUUUGACGUGAGCAUCACUGAGAUCUUGACCUGUAUGAUCUUGGGUGGAUGUGUCUGCAUACCCAGCGAACACGCUCGCCUCAAUGCAGUUGAAGAGGCCAUCACCGAGCUCCGAGCAAACUGGGCGCUUUUGACCCCGACGUUCGUCAAGUUCAUCAACCCCGCCAAUGUCCCAACCUUGAAGACACUCGUUACUGGUGGAGAGGCCAUGACACAGGCUGUCAUCCGUUCAUGGUCGCACAUCAACCUCAUCAACUGCUACGGCCCUGCUGAGACGUCUGUUGUUUCACACGUGCACCGAGGCAUGGUGCAAGGGACCAAUCCGUUGAACAUUGGGCACCAGGUCGGCAUAAACUGCUGGAUCGUCGAUCGGGACAAUCACGACCGUCUCAUGCCCGUUGGUGCAGUGGGCGAGUUGGUCAUCGAGGGCCAUACGCUCGCACGCGAGUACUACAAGGAGCCCGAGAAAACCCGCGAAGCAUUUAUCGAAGAUCCAUCGUGGGCAAGGAACCAACCGUCACGAAUUGGCCCUAGAAGGAUGUACAAGACGGGCGAUCUCGUCAAAUACAACCACGACGGGACGUUUCAUAUUGCCGGUCGGAAAGAUGCGCAGAUCAAGUUUCACGGGCAGCGCAUCGAACUCGGGGAGAUAGAGCAUCACAUCAAUGCCAGUGCCAGCAUCAAGCACGGCAUGGUAGUCCUACCAAGGGAGGGCUUUUGCAAUGGUCGACUCUUGGCCAUGGUGCAGCUCUGCGACGCCCUGAGUGAGGACCUCGUGCCCAAUGGUCAACCCUAUAAGCUCAUCGGGGGCGAUCUUGAGAGCACUGCGCAGGAAAAGAUUGCAGAGACCAAGGAGCUGCUUGGCAAGAGGCUGCCCUCAUACAUGAUACCAUCCAUGUGGCUUGCCGUCGAGUUUAUCCCUCGUCUCCAGUCUGGAAAACUGGAUCGCAAGCAGACAGCGAAAUGGAUCGAUGGCAUGAGCGAGGCAUUGUAUCGUCAACUCAAUCCUGUGGCAGCAGUCACGCAACGAUCGGGAGAUCUUGAGUGCGGAAGCACGACUGAGCUGGAGCUACACAAGAUAUGGACCUACGUCUUGAACCUCAAGGAAGAACAGCUUGGCCUCGCACAAUCCUUCCUCAGCGUCGGCGGUGACUCCAUCUCGGCGAUGCAAGUCAUGAGUGAGUGCAAGAAACGCGGUCUCGGACUGGCAGUCUCUCACAUCAUCAACUGCAAGUCCAUCAGCGCGCUGGCUCUGCAGGUUAAGGACAUUGAGAAGCCCGCGCUGCUGCACGAGAUGGUUGAAACACCGUUUGACCUGUCCCCCAUCCAGAAGCUCUACUUCGCGAGGCCAAACUACGAGCAGGGCCAUUACAACCAGAGCUUUUUGCUGCGGACGAGCCAGCGUAUUCAUGAGGCACAUCUACGCAGGGCAAUGGAGACUCUUAUCUCCAGGCACUCGAUGCUCCGUGCGAGGUUCCAGCAGGAUGUUGGUGGGGAGUGGCAGCAACGCAUCACCAACGACGUUGCGUCCUCGUAUCGACUGCGUGACUUGAAACUGGUUUCGCAAGAGGACGUCGAUGACUCGCUUGUUGACAGUCAGACCUGCCUGGAUCCUGUACGAGGUCCACUUGUCGCUGCUGACCUGAUCGACCGAGGGACAGAAGAGCAGCUUUUGUUCGUCGUGGCGCAUCACCUGGUCAUCGACCUUGUAUCCUGGAGAAUCAUCCUUCAAGAACUCGAGGAGAUCUUACUGCGGCCCGAAGCUGUGCAUGAUGCAGAUCGUCCGCUUCCAUUUCAGGUCUGGUGUAAGAUGCAGUCCGAACACGCUCAGACCCAAAAGCCAGACCAAGUCCUGCCAAUCCACGGCAUUCCCGACGGCGAUGCUGCGUACUGGGCCAUGACAGAUACUCCCAAUAUCUAUGGGCAGAUGGUCCGUCAAGGCUUUGAGAUUGGGCCGCACCAGACAUCGUUACUUUUAUCCAAGUGCCACGACGCACUGCGCACAGAGAUCCCGGAUGUGCUUAUGGCAGCGAUGGUGUAUUCCUUUGGCCAGAUCUUCACCGACCGUCCAAUCCCAGCCAUCUUUGCAGAAGGUCACGGCAGAGAAGUCUGGGACAACUCAAUCGACCUGUCAAACGUUGUCGGAUGGUUCACUACCAUUUACCCUGUCUUUGCUGGAUCAGAUACUCAAUCCAGUCUCAUCGACACAGUCAAGAUGAUCAAGGACUCAAGGCGCAAAGUUCUCGACAACGGUCGGCCUUACUUCGCGAGUCGCUGGCUGACGAAGGAGGGUCAAGAAGCCUUUUCUCGUCACUGGCCUUUGGAGAUUACCUUUAAUUACCUGGGCCAGUACCAACAGCUGGAGCGUGAGGGCGCUCUCUUCACUCCCGAAAGCAACAUCGCUGGCGAGAUUAGAGAAGCAAGUCAAGGUGCAGAUAUCGGGCCUCUGACUGCUUGCAUCUCUCUCUUCGAGGUGUCCGCCGUCAUAGUCAAGGGAUCUCUUCGUUUCUCAUUUGGGUUCAACCAGAACAUGAAACACCAACCGCAGAUCCACCAGUGGAUCUCCAGCUGCGAGCAGAGUCUCGGCGAAGUCAUUACAUCUUUGGCCUCAAUGGUACCUGAACCUACUCUAAGCGACUUCCCGCUCUUAUCCCUGACGUAUGACCGUCUGAGGGUAUUCACAAAGGAGAAGCUCCCCGAGGCUGGGAUCACAGACGUGGGCCUUAUUCAAGACGCUUACCCUUGCUCUCCCAUGCAGUCUGGGCUUUUGGUCAGCACCACCAGGGAGAACGCUGCUUACGCUGCCUACACGCUCCACGAGAUCAAGAACAGGAGUGGCGAUAGGGUGGAUGUUGUCAAGCUCAUCACUGCUUGGAAGCGCAUGGUGCAGUACCAUCCUAUUCUCAGGACUAUCUUCUUGGAGAGCGUGACGUUGGAGGACUCUAUCUACGAUCAGGUGGUGCUCAAGGAAGUUCAAGUUCCAUUCACUGUUUCUGAGAGCGGCACAGAUGAGGAUGCGAUUGCAGCACUGAAGGUACCUACGAACCAUGGCGACAAUGCAUCCCGGCUGUUACACCAUUUCCACGUCUGUACAGCAAAGAGCGGCAAGGUGUUUUGCAGAUUGGAUAUAAGCCAUGUCAUCAUGGAUGGCACUUCGCUAUCAAUCCUCUUCCGCGAUCUUGCAUUGGCAUAUCAAGGGCUCCUCACGGCUGAAACAGGCCCGCUGUAUCGCGAUUACAUCAAAGCUCUUCAGAACCAGCCGAUCAAACCCGGUAUCGACUACUGGAAGUCUUACCUGGCGGGUGUUGAGCCAUGCCUCUUCCCAGUUCUGGACGACGGGGAGAUUGCGGAGGUCAAGGAGCUGCGACACUUACGGGUCAGAUUUGAUGAGCUUGCUGCGCUGCAGAAUCUUUGUGAGAAACAGGGAGUCACUAUUGUCAAUGCCAUCUAUGCUGCCUGGGCUGUCACGUUGCGUUUAUAUACUGGCUCUGAUGAGGUUUGCUUCGGCUAUCUGACAUCAGCUCGUGAUCUACCAAUCGAAGGCAUCCGUGAUGCCGUCGGUCCCAUCAUCAACAUGGUCACAUGCCGUGUCAACGCUGAUAGCACGACAAGCUUGGCGGACAUGAUGGGCUCGGUGCAGAGGGACUAUCUCGAUAGUCUGGAGUAUCGCCACACGCCGCUGGCCCAGGUUCAUCACGCCCUUCAGCUCUCCGACGCUGUUCUGUUCAACACAGCCUUGUCGUACAGAAAGCUGCCGCCAAUCACGCAGACGGACCUCGUGUUUGAGGAAUGCUGCCCUACCUACGAUCCUGAUGAGUACAACGUGUCGGUCAACAUUGAGGCAGGCGAGCAUGACAUGGCGAUUGACUUGAUGUACUGGUCUGAUACUCUGUCGUACGGACAGGCUUCCAAUGUCGCUAGCACUUUUACAAAGUCGCUGAGCAAUAUUCUACAUGAUUGCGACCAGCCCAUUGCUCAGCUCAACCACUUAGGUUCCUCGCAUAGCAGCCAGAUUUCUCAAUGGAAUCAGCGGAUUCCUGACGCCAUUGAGAGCUGCGUGCAUGACUUGUUCAAGCAGCAGGUUGCCUCACGUCCCGACAGUCCCGCGAUUGUUUCAUGGGACAUGGACUUCACCUACGCUGAGCUUGAUAGCGCUUCCGACAGACUCGCCCAUCAUGUUGCCUCAUUGGGCGUCGGUCUAGAAACGUUUGUGGUUGUCUGCUUCGAGAAGUCGGCUUUCGCUAUAGUUUCGAUGCUGGCUAUUCUCAAAGCUGGCGGUGUAUGCGUGCCUCUGGACCCAGCGCACCCGGAAGCUGCGCAUCGACUUCGUGUCGAGGAUACAGGGUCUACUAUCGCCGUUGUAUCUCCCUCGUUAGUGUCCAAGCUCAGCUCCCUCGUCACGACCGUCGUCGCUGUGGACGCAGAUCUACUUCAGACCAUCUCCACGGCGCCUGAGCCACCUCUUCCUCCAAUCACGCCCGACAACGCCUGCUUCGUCAUCUACACGUCCGGCAGCACAGGACGUCCCAAGGGUGUGGUGCUAGAGCACAGAGGCAUCGCCAGCAACGCCAUGUACUCAGGCCCCAGGCUAGGUUACGGCUCAGACUCGAGGGUGCUGCAGUUCGCUUCGUACACCUUUGACAACAGUCUCGCAGAGAUAUUCAGCACUAUCAGUCUGGGAGGCUGCGUAUGCGUACCCUCGGACCACGAGAGGCUGAACGAUUUGGCCGGAGCCAUCAAUCGGCACAGCGUCACGUUAGCUGACAUAACACCCACUGUGGCUUGCUUCCUCGAGCCAUCGGAGGUUCCGACUUUGAAGACUCUGGCUCUUGGAGGUGAAGCGGUGACUACCAAGUGCGUUGGCAUCUGGCGGGACUUUGUGUCUCUGCGAUGCUGCUACGGGCCGUCGGAAUGCUCCGUCAAUUCGACCUACUCUGGAGAUAUCGCCCAGCCUGGGAAGGCCAACAAUAUUGGCCGUGCCAUUGGUAGUGUCGCUUGGGUAGUCGAUGCGACGGAUCACAAUCUUCUCGUCCCAAUUGGCUGCGUUGGUGAACUCCUCAUUGAUGGUCCUAUCGUGUCUAGAGGCUACCUGAACCUCCCAGACAAGAUGGCCCAGUCCUUUGUUCCUCCACCCGCUUGUAUCGAGGGAAUCACUGAGAAUGGCGGACGGGAUCGCAAGCUCUACAAGACCGGCGACCUUGUGCGCUACAACUCUGACGGUACCCUUACCUACCUUGGACGGAAGGAUACCCAGGUCAAGCUCAACGGCCAGCGCAUCGAACUUGGAGAGAUUGAGCACCACAUCGAGGCAAAUCUCCCCAAGGGCUGGGAAUCUGCCGUGGAGCUUGUCACAUCACAGGGCAGGAAGUUGCUCGCCUGCUUCAUUUGUGCCGAUGCCGAUAUUUCCCUCAGAGAAACCAGCGAUGAUAGCAUGGUGCUGGACAUGGAUGACUCUUUCAGGUCUCACGCCAAGAAGCUCGAGAUUGUGCUUUUCAAUGCAGUUCCUGCCUACAUGGUCCCAUCCGCGUGGCUCCCCGUCUCCAAGAUGCCUCUUACUUCGUCAGGCAAGCUCAAUCGACGCAGCCUCAGGAUUCUGGGAGAGUCGGUGCCAGCAGCCAGGAUGAAGACUUACAAGCUUGCCCUCAAGAGCGGUAGGGCACCGUUCAGUGAGGUGGAGAAGCAGCUGGCAGCUAUGUGGGCUCAGUUGCUGGACAUCGACGUGGCGUCUAUUGGAGUCCAAGAUCAUUUCUUCAAGCUUGGAGGAGACUCGAUUGGGGCCAUGCAACUUGUGACGCUUGCUCGAUGCUCCAACAUUGACUUGACCGUGGCUGGGGUGUUCCAGAAGCCAUCUCUGCUGGACAUGGCGGAGUCGGCUGUGCCGCUAUCGAAGGCCCCAAUCACGACAUACCGACCGUUCUCGUUGCUAUCUGAUGAAUGCUCGGUUGAUGCGUUGCGACAAAUAGUUGCAGACUCUGCUCGUAUCGACGUUGGUCAUGUUCAAGACGUAUAUCCUUGUUCCGCACUGCAAGAGGGACUCAUGGCUCUCUCGACCAAGGAACCUGGGGCUUACGUGGCGCAACUCGUCUAUCGACUGCCAGCUGACGUCGACAACGCCAGGUUCCAGAAGGCUUGGAGUAUUGUGGUGGAAGCUGAGCCAACGCUGCGCACGAGGAUCGUUCAUACAGAAGAUGCUGGGUUCGUGCAGGUCGUUGUCGCUGGGGAAGCACCUCAAUGGUCUAACUUUACCAGCCUCUCUGAUGCCGACGCAAUUCGACGCCAAGUUCCGCUGCAUAAUGGUGCAAGAUUGACCAGCUACGGUCUCGUUGACGAUGACUCUGCAGGCAAAUGCUUUGUCUGGUCUAUCCAUCAUUCCAUCUACGAUGGUUGGUGUCUUCCUCUCAUCCUCGACAAGGUCAAGCGAUGCUACCACGACGAUUUGAGUUCCAUGCAACUCAAGGGCCCUGACUACUCCAACUUCAUCAAGCACCUCACAGACCGGGACCCGAAGCAAGACACCGACUUCUGGAUGUCGCAUCUUUCGAACAUGUCCACCCAACACUUUCCACGUCUUCCCAACGCCGAGUACCAGCCUUCCGCAACGAGCCUGAUGGUUCAUAAAGCAACACUAGGAACCACAUCGGGAUCGGAGAUCACCGCCGCUACCAGAAUACGCACAGCCUGGGCGAUGGCGAUCUCUACCUACUCUGGAACCAACGACGUCGUAUUCUGGGAGACUAUGACAGGACGCGAUGUUCCGGUCGCCGGGAUCGAGGAAAUGGCGGGCAUCACGUUGGCUACUGUGCCAACACGUGUGGUCAUUGAGCCUUCGCAAACUGUCGCUGCAUUACUUGCCUCUGUGCAGGAUCGGUCAGCCGCCGUGAGAAACCACCAGUUUGCUGGCAUUCAGUGCAUCAAGAACAUCAGCGCUGAUACGGCCCUUGCUUGCGGCGCUCAGAACCUCCUGGCCAUCAACUACGGACCUCGGGAGUCGACGGAUACCUUUUGGUGCGAGCAGUCAAACGAGAUGGCUGGUACGAACUUUUAUUCCUCAUACCCGCUCAUGCUCUCGUGCCACUUUGCAGAUGGCGAGCUCGAGACUGUCUUGCACUUUGAUCCCAACGUUGUACCUGAGCCUCAGAUGCAGCGUAUCAUGGAUCAAUUUGCGCUGAUGCUUGAGUCCGUGUCGUCGUCUGACCUGUUGGAUGAGCAGCUUCGCGAUGUACCUUUGUUGAGCUGCAAUGACCUACAGAUGCUGCGUGAUAUGAACCAUACUCCCCUACCCGCCUUAGGGCGACUCAUUCACGACGCUGUUGGGGCUCAGACACUGACUCAACCACGAGAUAAGCUUGCUGUCGUGUCGUGGGACCAGAGCCUCACGUACGCUGAUCUGGACUCUCAAUCUACACGUCUUGCUGGUGUCUUGAUGGCAAAUGGCGUGUCAGUCCACUCAAUCGUUCCUUUCUGCAUGGAAAAGUCAUCUCUUGUCGUUGUAUCCAUCCUGGCUAUUCUCAAGUCGGGUGCUGCCUUUGUGCCGCUCGACCCAGCACACCCUGAUGCUCGGAUUCAAGGAAUUCUCACCGACACUGGGGCUACUGUCGUCCUCGCGUCUGAUCAACACUCUGGGCGAUUGACGAAGCUCGGAUCACGGGUCUUCACCGUCUCGCAGGCUCUAGUAACGCAAGCUCAAGACGCCCCAACCAACCCAGCGCCUCUGUCACUAUCCGCCACCAGUCCAGCUUACAUCAUUUUCACCUCUGGCACGACUGGGAAGCCUAAGGGAACCAUCGUGGACCACUCCGCAUUUUCCACCGGUGCCUAUGCCCACGGUCGUGCCAUGGGCAUGACAGAGUCGUCGCGUGUCCUGCAGUUUGCGUCGUAUACAUUCGACGCCAGUAUCAUGGAGAUCCUCACCACGCUUAUCCACGGCGGGACAGUCUGCGUUCCAAGUACCGACGAGCGUCUCCACGAUCUUGCAGGUGCUAUCAACAGAAUGAACGUCAACUGGGCUCUAUUGACGCCUUCGGUGGCCCAGCUGCUCCAGCCAUCGCUCGUCCCUGGUCUCGAGACACUUGUUCUCGGAGGUGAAGCUAUGUCUUCUGCUCACAUCUCUUCGUGGGCCCCGUCAGUUCGUCUCAUGAAUGCAUACGGACCCAGUGAGACUGCCGUGGUGGCUGCUGUCAACCCGAGUGUUACACUGGAUUCUUCUCCCUCGAAUAUCGGUCACGCUGUGGGUGGUAUCUGCUGGGUCACUGAUGCCGCCAAUCACGACAGACUCAUGCCCAUCGGCGCUGUCGGCGAGCUCGUGAUAGAAGGCCCGAUCCUCGCUCAAGGGUAUUUGAAUGACACUGCUAGAACGGCAAAGUCCUUCAUCGCCGACCCGAAGUGGUGCAGACAGUUCCCAACGGCUGCUGCCGACAGGGAACGCAGGUUCUACAAGACAGGAGACUUGGUCAAGCUUACUGAGGACGGGAUCGAGUUCCAUGGGCGCAAGGAUGAUCAAGUCAAAGUCAACGGUCAGAGAAUCGAGCUGUCGGAGAUUGAGCAUCAUUUGGGCGCGGACCCUGCCGUCGAAUCUUGUCUUGCGGCUGUUCCAGCUUCCGGCCCGUUCAAAGCCCGCCUUGUAGGCAUUCUAUCCUUGCACUCUGCUGCUUCGACCAAGACAGAAAUGACCGGGGACCAAGACAUGCAGAUCCUGACCAAGUAUGAUCCAUCUGCUUUGGUGGGCAUUCGAGAAGGUCUCGCAAGGCAUUUGACAUCCUACAUGAUCCCAUCUUUGUGGAUUAUCGCAAGCCAUGUUCCCCUCCUCCCCUCUGGAAAGCUUGAUCGUAGGCGCACCAUGCGAUGGGUUGAGGACAUGACUCUUGAAGACUACCAUCUCGUUCUUGACGCGCAGGAAGAUGCGUCUGCUCUGGAUAGAGAUGCUUCGGAAGUGGAGAUCAAGCUUAGGGCUGCGUGGGCCAAGGCUCUCAAUCUCAAGGUCGACAUGGUCCCGUUCAAGCAGUCGUUUAUCCACCUCGGCGGCGAUUCGAUAUCCGCCAUGAAGCUGAUGGCCAUUUGCCGAUCCUCCAACAUGGCUGUGUCGGUCAGCCAGAUCAUGCGAGCCAAGUCCAUCAUCGACCUUGCCUCUGCCGUCACCAACGUCAAGGAAGUAUUGUGUGAUGAAGAACAGCUGGACAAGUCUUUUGAACUAUCACCCAUUCAGAAGGUUUACUUUGAGAGUAUUGGUCUAGGCUCUCACCACUUCAACCAGAGCAUGACUUUAGCUACCACUCGCAGCAUCACCUCACAGGAGCUCUCGAAUGCGCUGCAUCGUAUCGUCGAGAUGCAUAGCAUGAUGCGUGCUCGUUUCUCGCAGGUCGAUGGCACAUGGACCCAGCGGAUCACUAGCGAUGUCGCUGGCUCAUAUACUCUCCGUUCACACGGCAUCGUCGACGAGAAGCGUCUCUUGGAUUUGGUCAUGAAGAGUCAGACUACCCUAGACAUUCUUGAUGGACCGAUAUUCGCUGCCGACAUGUUUCAAGUGGAGGGAACUGGCAACCAGAUCGUCACAUUCGUGGCCCAUCACCUCAUUGUCGACGUCGUGUCUUGGAACAUCAUAUUACAGGACCUGGAAGGCCUCUUGUCAGCAUCUGCCUACAGCCCGUCGAAAUCACUAUGCUUCCAGACGUGGAGCUCCGCACAACACGACGAAGCUCGGGAGGCUUCGCUCGAGCGUGUGUUCCAUGACAUUCCAGUCCCUCUACAGGACCACAAAUAUUGGGGAAUGGAAGGCGUAUCGAAUCUUCAUAGCGACUCGGUGACUGAGACCAUGAACAUCCCGACUGAUACAUCAAACCUGCUCUUAGGCAGCAGUCAUGAUGUUGUCGAUGUCUUGCUAGCAUCACUGUUAGCAUCCUUCCGCCAAGCCUUUCCAGAUCGGCCUUCGGUGCCCCCCAUAUUCAACGAGGGUCAUGGGAGAGAGCCUACCGAUGACACCGUGGAUCUAUCACGCACCGUUGGAUGGUUCACCACUCUCUGUCCUGUUUUCCUCCCCAAGGUUAUGCCCGCCGAACACGAUAUCCUCGAUGUAGUGUGCUGGAUACGGGACUUCCGGAGGAAACUUCCCGCCAACGGUCGGUCGUACUUUGCUCAUAGCAUGUUACCUAACUCGAAGUCCCAGAUCGAGUUCCCAGUGGAAAUUGCCUUCAAUUUCCUUGGUCAUACACUGGACAUUGGAACGGGAGACUCCGUGUUCAAGUCUUUCGAUGGAAACAUGUUGAGCUCUUUGAGCUCGCAAUCCGACAUUGGAGGCAACAUUCCACGACUAGCCCUCAUCGAGAUUUCAGCAUCUUUCACUAACGACGGCUUAACCUUUGACUUUUCUUUCAACCGCCACAUGGAACGUCAGUCAUCUGUCAGCAGAUGGAUCCAGAGCUGUAGGGACUACAUACGCCAAGCAUCCCAAAGGCUAUCACAGUUUACGCGAGAGCCAUUGACGGAUCUAUCUCUGCUGCCUCUGGCCUUCAGGAAGGAGUCACAGGUUGAAGAGAACCUCGCUGUGGCGGGAAUUUCUCUUGAUAAUGUUGAAGCAGUGUAUCCAUGCUCUUCAGUCCAGCAGGGCAUACUAUUGUCCCAGAUCAAGGACCCCGGAUACUACUCUUACUCGAUCACCUUUUCGGUUACAUCCACACGUCCAGGCGACGUGAUCGACGUUCAAAGACUAUCGGACGCUUGGAAGCGUGUGGUUCAUCGCCAUUCUGCACUUCGUACUGUCUUCAUGGACAGUGUACUACAAGAGGGCGCUAUCAGUCAAGUCGUUCUCAGGAACCAUGAUGCCAACAUGUCCAUCGUCGAAUGUCCCACCACAGAGGUAGACCUCAGACUCAGUAACCAGCAGCCUCUUGGUCUUCCUACGAACCAACCACCUCACUGUCUCACAAUCUAUGCCACCGAAGAGGGCACUGUGUCAAGUGUUCUAGAGAUGAGCCAUGCUAUCUCCGACGGAACUUCCAUGCCACUUCUUUUCCGCGACCUUGGUUUAGCGUACGAGGGCAGCCUGAAUACUGUCCAACUUACUGUUUACAGAGACUACGUCUCCUUCUUACAGCGGAGCGGAGGCUCUCAGGAUGCCAAGUACUGGAAGGAUUACUUGGACGGCGCUGAGCCUUGUUGUCUGCCUCUGCUUACGGACGGAACUACAUCACCCAGGACUCUUGGAACCCUUGCCCAAGGUAUCUCGCACCCUGCUGAGCUUCAAACGCUCUGCAACGAACGAGGCAUCACUCUAUCCAACCUGCUACAGCUGGCUUGGGCAUUGGUUCUCCAGGUAUACACAGGCCUUGACGAUGUGUGCUUCGGCUAUCUCGUCGCUGACAGGGACGUACCCGUCAGUGGUAUUGACGAGGCAAUUGGCGUAUUCAUCAGUAUGCUCGUCUGCCGAGUCCGCCUCGACCCAUCCACCAACCUCGACAAUGCUAUGCGAACCAUCCAGGACGACCUAGCCACGGCCAUGAAUCACAAGAAUGCCUCCCUUGCCAGCUUCCAGCACGCCAUGGGUAACUCCAACGAGCCUCUCUUCAACACCGCCUAUUCCUUCCAACGUAGAUCAGUCUCCAAGGACAUGGCAACCGGUGCGAUUGCGUUCGACGUCAGAGAUGCGCAGGACCCUAGCGAAUACGACAUGACCGUCAACGUCGAAGUCUGGGACUCGAGUGUCGAGCUCCAGUUAUGUUACUGGCAAGACAAAGUCGCAGACGCGCAGGCCGCCAACAUUGCCUCUACAUUUGACCGGGUCCUUUCCUCAAUGACGAGAUGUGACACGGCACUCCCGAUCGGAGAAUUGGAUAUGCUCAGCGAUCUUGGUAGACAGCAGUUGGUGUCGUGGAACAAGAAUGAGCCCGAGGUCUUGAAUGAUUGUGUGCACCACGUCUUUGAGCAUAACUGUCAACGACUGCCAGACCAUACACCGGCCAUCGACGCGUGGGAUGCCGCCUUUACCUACUCUGAACUCGACGCAGCAGCUUCGCGAUUCGCUCAGUACCUCGUCUUUCUCGGCAUCGGGCCCGAAACGUACGUCCCGCUGUGUUUCCAAAAGUCAGCAUGGACCGUUGUUGCCAUGAUGGCAGUCCUCAAGGCCGGUGGUGCCUUUGUUCCUCUGGAUCCUACUCAUCCACCCGACCGUAUCAAGUUCCUGGUUAGUAACGUCGACGCCAAGCUCAUCAUUUGCUCCACGUCCUUGAAAGCCAAGUUCGACAGCCUGGAUCUUCCCGCUAUUCCCCUUGGUAGGGAUACUAUGUCUUUACUUCCUUCCGUUCUACCGCACUCGCCCAGUAUCGCUGUUAAGCCUGACAACGCUGCGUACAUCAUCUUCACUUCGGGUACGACAGGUGUUCCCAAGGGUACAAUUAUCGAGCAUGCAUCAUUCACCACGGGAGGCACCGCUCACGCCAAUGUUAUCAUGAUGACAUCUUCCUCUCGCGUGCUACAAUUCGCGUCGCACACAUUCGAUGCUAGCGUCAUGGAGAUCCUCUCCACCUUGUUGGUAGGCGGCUGCAUCUGCAUUCCCAACGACCAAGACCGCAUGGACGAUUUGUCGGGCGUCAUCACCAAGUUCAGCGUGAACUGGACGCUACUCACACCAUCAGUCGCGGGAGUCCUUAAGCCAGGUAGUAUCCCUACCCUCAAGGUCCUUGUCACCGGCGGCGAGGCAAUGUCAAGAGACCACAUUAAGAAGUGGACUGGGCACGCCGCUCUGAUCAACGCUUAUGGCCCGAGUGAGACGAGCGUUAUCGCUGCAACGAGCACAAAGGUUGAUCAUGAUGGAAAUAUCCUCAACAGUGACCCAGGUACAAUCGGUCACGCUGUUGGCAGUCGUUGCUGGGUUGUAGAUGCGCGCAACCACAAUCGCCUCAUGCCAAUUGGCGGCAUCGGUGAACUACUCGUGGAAGGGCCCAUUGUCGCCAGAGGUUAUCUCAACAACGAGACAAAGACGAAAGAGGCAUUCAUCGAGCCUCCUUCGUGGCGUACACGCAUGAACCUUGAGGGAGACGGCAUCGGUCGGAUGUACAAGACUGGUGAUCUGGUUAUGUACAACUCGGACGGGUCACUCAAGUACGUGUCGCGCAAGGACACACAGAUCAAACUCAAUGGGCAACGUAUUGAGCUUGGCGAGAUUGAGUACCAUGUCCAGGCGCACUUACCGGACUGCAUUCAAGCCGCUGUUGACAUAGUUGUUCCGCAGAGCAAGACGUCAACUAAAGCGCUAGCCGUCUUCUUUACCAGCGACGAUGAUCUUGAGGAUACUUUCACCCAAGACUCCCUCAAGUCAGCUCUCAGGGACGCUCUGCCAUCCUACAUGGUGCCUACCAUCUACAUACCGCUGUCCAAGAUGCCAUUGACCUUGGCUGGCAAGCUUGAUCGCCAGAGACUCAAAGCCAUCGCCAAGUCCAUAACACCUCAACUGAUGGCCUCCUACAAGCUCUCUAGCUCGUCUCGAAGCGGAAACAACCCUACAACGGCGAUGCAGCGCAAACUGCAGAAAGCCUGGGCUACAGUCUUGGACAUUCCUCUCGCCCAGAUCAGCAAAGACGACAGCUUCUUCAGACUCGGCGGUGAUUCAGUCGAUGCCAUGAAGCUCGUUCCGGCGGCUAGGGCGGAAGGCCUUGCCAUCAGCGUCAUGGCCAUCUUCAACAACCCUGUCCUGUCAGACAUGGCAAUGUCUUGCAAACACUCAGACGAAGCUCUUGUCUCCAGUGUUGACCCGUUCUCGCUUCUUUCGGACACUGAACAUCCUUCGUCACUCCUGCGCGAGGUUGCAGGUCGGUGUGGCGUGCAAGAGAGUCAGAUUCUGGACAUCUACCCUUGCAGCUCCCUCCAAGACGGUCUUGUUGCCUCGACUUUGCAACAGCCAGGCGCAUAUGUCGCCACUUAUGUUUUUGAGCUUCCUUUGGACAUCUCCAUUGACCGUUUCAAGCUCGCUUGGCAGCAUACUGUUGAUCGAGUCGAAAUUUUGAGAACACGCAUCGUCAACACGUCGCUCAAGUCAUAUCAAGCCGUUCUUGCUCCUCAUGACAUUGAGUGGGAGCAUCAUGAUGACCUCGAGUCUGCUACUACCCGGGCUGGAUCGAUACCUGAUCACAAUGGAGGAGCUUUGGCCCGCUACAGUAUGGUCAAGGCGACUGACGACGGGCCUUGCCACUUUGUGUGGGUUGUCCAUCACGCGCUAUAUGACGCGUGGAGCAUGCCGUCCCUCCUCAAACUAGUGUGGCAGUUCUACCACGGAGACACCACCCAUGAGCCUGUGGGCGAAUACGCCAACUUCAUCAAGUACCUAGUCGAUGUUGACGCCGAAGCCUCUGACGAGUUUUGGAGAGCUAGGUUCCAAGACGCUUCUCUCGUAUCUCACUUCCCCAAAGUCUCUUCGGCGCCUGCUGCGCAAUCGUAUCAUGAAUCCUUGAUACACACGGUGCAGUACAGCAGAGAUGGCCUCGGCAUGGAUGUAACCAUUCCAACAAUCGCCCGGGCCGCAUGGGCGCUUGUUCUGGGGUCUCAGACUGGAUCUGACGAUGUCGUCUUCGGCGAGACUUUGUCUGGACGUGACAUUGCCCUCGAUCAUGUACAAGACAUCCUUGGACCUACAUUGACCACGGUCCCCUCAAGAGUUCACAUCAGUCGUAACAGUACAAUCGGUGACUUCUUGAAGGGUCUUCGCGAACGAGCCACAGAGGUCAUCCCCCAUCAGCAUGCGGGCCUCCAGCGCAUUAGUCGCCUAGACGAUGCCAUAGCGGUCGCCUGUGACUUCCAGAACUUGCUGGUAAUACAGUCAUCCGACCAGGAAACGGGCCUGAAUGAUCUGCUUAGCCCUACCCAAAACGACGUUGGCCAGAAAAGCUUCUUCACCUAUCCACUUGUUGUGGAAUGCUCCAUUGAGAAGCAUGAGCUCAUCUUGACAAUUCACCACGACAACAAAGUCAUCUCUAGUUGGGAGGCACAGCACAUUGCCCAACAGUUCGAAGUGCUCGUAGGUCAACUGAUAGACCUAUCGCUUCGAGAACCCACUCGCAAGGUAUCGGAUCUUCGGCUCUACAGCCAAGAGGACGUGGAGACAAUCAGAGGAUGGAACAGCCUUGUCCUACAACCUUCAAAGGAGAGUAUUCCCGACCUGUUCUGGCAGUCAGUAGCAACCAAUCCCAACAAGACCGCCGUUCGCGCCUGGGACGGUCAACUCAGCUACAAAGAUCUCGCCCAGCACGCCUCUCAUUUCGCCAGGACACUCAUGCGACAUGGUGUACGCGCUCAUGAGCUAGUUCCAUGCUGUAUGGAAAAAUCUCUCUGGGCGACAGUCUCGAUGCUCGCUGUGAUACUCGCCGGCGGCACCAUCGUUCCCAUGGACCCUGCGCAUCCUUCUGCUCGUCACGCCGAGAUCACACGCGACUGCAAGGCCCGUGUUGCAUUGUGCGCACCGCAGUAUCAAGAGCGCUUUCAAGGCAUUGUCGAAUCCGUUGUCUUGGUCACUUCUGACUCGAUCACUGCCCCAGAACCUUGUACGCAGGAUCUGCCAAUCGUCGCGCCUCGAGAUGCCGCAUUUGUCAUCUUUACCUCCGGCAGUACCGGAAAGCCUAAAGGCGUUGUCAUUGAACACGGUUCGUUCUUGACAAGCUCCAAGGCUUUCAUGAAACGCAUGAACCUGGGUCCAGAUUCUGGCGUACUCCAUUUUGCAUCCUAUGCCUUCGACAUUUCCAUGGCAGAGACGUUCGCUCCACUCACCAUCGGUGCCUGUGUCUGCAUUCCCAGCGAAGAGAUGAGAAUGAAACAUCUUGCCGGUUCCAUGAACUCCCUCGGUGUCACUUGGGCAUUCCUAACGCCCUCGCUCGCAAAUCUACAGGACCCCUCCAAAUUCACCACAUUGCAGACUCUGGUCUGCGGAGGCGAGACUCUUACACCCGAAACGAUCAGUGCCUGGGGAGACAAGGUCGAGCUGAUGAAUGGCUACGGGCCAGCGGAGUGUACCAUAUUUGCUGUUGCAAACAGUUCUGUCUCUGCUACCAACGCUAAUAUCGGCUACGCCAUGGACGGGAACCACACUUGGGUCGUCGAUCCCAGAGACCACAACUCUCUUGUCCCUGUGGGAUGUGUUGGCGAACUUCUCAUCAGUGGUCCCAUCGUGACCCGCGGGUACUUGAACGAUAGAGAACGGACGGCGGCAUCGUUCAUCGAGGAUCCAGCGUGGAUGCACUUCUUCACCACCGACCCUGUGCGUCUAUACAAGACGGGCGACUUGGUCAGAUAUUGUCCUGAUGGAUCGCUCAUGUAUCUAGGGCGUAAGGACCAUCAGGUCAAGCUCCAUGGCCAGCGCAUGGAGCUCGGUGAGAUCGAGGCUCGUCUUGAGUCUGACCCGCGCAUUCGCCAGGUCUUGGUCAAUCUACCACAAUCUGGUAUCUUCAAGGGUCGUUUGGUAGCUAUUACUUCUCUCCAGGAUCAUUUACCCGCCGAAUCAUCCAUUUCCUCGUCUGGCUUUGUCCCUAUUCCCGAUUCGGCCAUGAAUGCCGCCCGAAUACGGAUCUGCGCGAUACAACACGAUCUGGCCGCGACCCUUCCACCGUAUAUGAUCCCGUCGGUUUGGCUCGCGGUCCAAACCAUUCCACUCUUACUGUCUGGGAAACUAGACAGAAAGAGCGCAGGUAGCUGGCUUGUUGAUGUAGACGCAGACUUUUGCAAGGUUACUGUCGACUUGGAUCAUGGUCAAAAUGCGGUGGACGCGGUCAUGACACCAGUUGGCCAACAGCUCAGACGUAUCUGGGCGUCAAUACUCAACAUCCCAGAGACAGAAACUCCUAUGAACCGUUCUCUCAUUUCCCUCGGCGGCGACUCCAUCAUGGCGAUUCAAAUGCUUACACGCUGUCAUGACCAGUCUCUUUCAUUGACCUUGCAGGACAUCAUGAGAGCCAAGGGAAUCUCUGAGUUGGCUACUAUCGUCAUCGCCAAAGAAGACCAAGUUCUUGACAACUACGAGGAAGAUGACGAUCAAGCAUUCGAGUUGUCACCAAUCCAACGCCUCUUCUUCAACAACAGCGCCAACACGGAACGUGGAGAUCGCUUCAACCAGAGCCAACUCUUGUCCAUCAGCCGGCCUGUCGAGAUGUCCAGCCUCCAGGAGGCUCUUGAUGCUCUUGUUGAAAGACAUCCGAUGCUUCGCGCGCGGUUCAACAAAUCUUCUACUGGGGAGUGGACACAGCAUAUCGUCUCACAUGCCCAAGGUUCCUAUGGCUUCCAACACCAUGAGAUUGCUGCAGAGCCGGACAUGAUACCAUUCGUAGCCGCCAGCCAAGGCAGCAUUGAUGUUUCUGGUCCUGUCUUUGCGGUCGAUCUAUUCACACUAUCUCAUGGCGCUCAGGUACUGUCACUUGUAGCCCAUCACCUCGUCAUUGACAUCAUUUCUUGGAUUAACAUCAUCCACGACCUCGAGGCACUACUGACCUCUACCUUCUCACCACCCACCAAGCCCCUCUCGUUCCGCAGAUGGAAUGCUUUACAGAUCGAUCAUAUCAACUCCCUCAGCAAUGGUGCAGCACUUCUUCCAUUUGCUGUACGACCUGCCGACUUGGAUUUCUGGGGCAUGUCAAACACCCCCAACGUCUACGGAGACAUGAAACAAAAGUCGUUCGUCAUCACAGAACCUGAUGUCGUCUCCUCCAUACUUGGUGACUCGCACAGAGCCCUCAAGACCGAACCACUCGAUCUGUUCAUCACAGCCAUCCUCAAGUCUUUUGCAGAGUCCUUCGACAGCCGGGAGUUGCCAACACUGUUCAACGAGGGUCAUGGCCGUGAACCUUGGGAUCAAAGCAUUGACGCUUCUCAAACCGUCGGAUGGUUCACCUCACUCUGCCCUCUGCAAGUAUCUCGACAGAGUCUCGACCACGGCGAUGAAGUCGACCAUGUUCGUAAGGUCAAGGAUGUCCGCCGGAGUAUUCCCAAUAAUGGCCGCCCAUACUUUGCCCACCGUCAUCUCACCGGCCCAGGAACGCUUGAUGAUGGACCCAUGGAGAUUUUGCUGAACUACCUUGGUCACACUCAACAAACAAACCACAGCGAUUCUCUCUUCACUGCAGUUGACUUUCCAUUCACGGAGCAAGACACUCUGGCUAUCUCCGAUGUCGCGCCUGAGACCUCUCGCCUCGCUCUCUUCGAGAUUUCUAUAUCCGUCCUUGACGAAGGCAUCGGGUUUACAUUGAUGUAUAACCGACAUAUGCUUCACCAAGACGGUAUCGAGAAGUGGUUAUCCAAUUGCCAGGACAGCCUCAUCAACACUACGAGAAGGCUUGCCGAGACCUCUUCUGCUCCAACACUCAGCGACUUCCCUCUCUUGCCCAUUAGCUACACAGAUCUCCACGAGAUUAUGACCACGCAUCUUCCCAGGGCUCACGUCUCGCUCGACAUGCUAGAGGACAUGUAUCCAUGUUCGCCCAUGCAGACUGGCAUUUUGCUCAGCCAGCUUCUAGACCCAUCGCAGUAUCUGUUCCACGUUGUUCUUCAAGUUAAUCUUCCCGACGGCUCUGCAAUCGACACUGCAAAGCUCGUCCAGGCUUGUCACAGAGUCAUUGAGCGACAUCCAGCAUUGAGAACUGUCUUCAUUGAUACCUUGCGUCAAGGUGGAUCCUUCGAUCAGGUCGUUUUGCGGCCUUUUGAGUCUCGCAUUAGCACUAUCAAGUGUCGGGAGAUCGACGUCAUGGCCGAGCUGAACUCUAGAUCACUCGGUGAGACCAACAAGACACAUGAUGGACCUAUGCUCCCGUAUCAGAUCACCAUCUGCGAAACACCACAAGGCAAGGUUUUCAUGAAACUUGAGCUGAACCACGCAGUGACCGACGGUGCCUCUACAUCAAUCCUCCUCCGAGACAUCUCCAACGCCUACACCGACAGCUUGUCUCCAACUCCACCUCCUUCGUACAAGGAGUACAUCAAAUACAUUUCCAACCAAUCCACCACCUCAAGCCUCAACUUCUGGACAGGUUAUCUCUGGGAGUCACAACAUACAGCGUUUCCGACACUCAACCCAGACUUGAUGGCUAACCGCCAACUACAGUGUGUCAUGGUCCAGUUCGACCGUUUCUCAGAGCUACAAACUCUUGGAUCCAAACUCGGGGUGACAUUCUCAAACAUCAUCAUGGCGGCAUGGGCCUUGCUCCUUGGAGCUUAUACAGACCGCCAAGACGUCUGCUUUGGCUAUCUAGCCUCAGGACGCGAUGCCCGGAUCGAUGGCGUCGAUGAAAUUGUCGGUCCUCUCAUCAACAUGCUCGUGUUCCGCUUCCAGUUCACGACUGAGACGCUUCUCAAGACACUCUUCUCCACCGCCCGAGAUGAUUAUAUGGCCAGUCUGCCACAUCAACACUUCUCUCUGGCUCGUGUGAGCCAUACCCUGGGCCAAUCGAAGCGGGGCUUCUUCAACACAGCUGUGUCCAUCCAGAACGCCGGUGUAACAAGUGUCUCCGAGCCCAACUCGCUUACCUACGAAUCAAUCGAUGCCUACGACCCAAGCGAAUACGCCGUCACUCUCAACGCCAAUGCGACACGAGGUGACGAAGGCAUCGUCUUCCGCUACUGGACCAACAUACUUUCCAGCUCACAGGCCCAGGAGCUUGCCGUGAACAUGUCUAAGCUACUUGACGACUUCAUCGAUCACAGCGAGAGCACUCUGGUUCAUCUUCGACUGUUACAGAGCCCCCCAGUGACUCGCAGUACAUACGCGCAAUCAUCUGAGGUUGACGGCUCGACGUCCGAGCGUGACGACACGAGCCAUCUGCCCAAAGCACAAAGCUCAGGAAUCAGUGCAUCCUCCACUUUGAUUGACCUUGGCGACGUAUCCUCCAUGUCAUCCAACAUGUUCAACUCAUUCUCCCGCGAUACGAAGCAUCUACACAACAAACUAUCCGCACUAUGGAGAGACAGUCUCGAGUAUCAAGGUUGUGCAAUCUCACCCACCGACAAUUUCUUCGAAUCAGGCGGUGACUCAAUUAUCGCCAUGUCCAUGGUGGGCAACGCCAGAGACUUGGACUUGCCGCUCACUGUGGCUGAUAUCUUCAAGAAUCCCGAGUUCGGUUCCUUGUUGGAUUGCCUCAAUGACAAGUCUUACAAGUAUAGUGACAGGGCUUCCAGCCAUGACCACCUGGAUACCUCGACCUUCAAGAAGGAGAAAUACAUCCCCAGUGACGACACUUACAAGCCUCUCUCCAUGAUUGACGCAGAUGAUGUCGAACAAUUCGUGCGAAGCCACGUCUGUCCCGUUGUUGGCGUGUCCCGAGCCAGCAUUAUCGACGUUCUCCCCACUACCGACUUUCAGGACCAGGCCAUUCACGGAGGCCUUCUGGAGUCGCGAUGGCAACUCAACUGUUUCCACUUGGACUCUUCAGGCUCACUUGACAUGGCGCUACUACAAGAGGGUAUCACCAACAUCGUUGCCGCUUACGAUAUCUUGCGCACUGUCUUUGUCUCUCAUCAAGGCCGUUACUUGCAGGUGAUCCUCCGCCAUGUUCAACCCACUGUCAUCGUUGAAGAUGUGGAUAGUAUCGAUAUAUUUACUUCAAACCUUGAAUUGACCCAUCAGAACGACGUUUCGCGUGCUGAGGACUCAUCCCUCCGCUUCAUAGUAGCACGCCACAAGUCAUCGGAACGGCAUCGAAUCUUCAUCCGGAUAUCUCACGCGCUGUAUGACGGCGUAUGCUUCCCGACUAUCCUACAAAGUCUGAAAGCCUCAUUUGAUGGAGAGCCUAUCAGCCCGACACCCUCAUACGCAGCCUACAUCCAAAAGGUGUUGGGCACGAACAAACAAGGGUGCUACUCGUAUUGGAGAUCGCUUCUGAAAGAUUCAACUCCUACCAAUGUCGUCCAACGGCAGCGCUCAUCCUUACAGACAUUCUCUACCCAUGUCUUGAGGAGGGUCGUGUCUACAUCCUCUCUCGCGUCAUUCAGCAUCACAACCUCAACUGUCAUCAAGGCUGCCUGGUCAACGGUAUUGGCAAACUUCACAGGGAAGACGGACGUUGUUUUCGGCAACAUUAUUAGCGGGCGGAAUGACAGCAACAUAGCUGGGAUACAGAGCAUUGUCGGGCCUUGUUUAAACGUAGUGCCCGUACGCGUUCGACGCCAAGCCUCUUGGACCAUUCUGGAUCUUCUUCAAUACAUUCAAGACCAGCAGGUGGACAAUAUGCCAUAUGAGACACUGGGAUUUAAAGAGAUCAUCAACAAGUGCACUGACUGGGAUGAUGAUGGAACCAACGGUUUCUCUACUGUUGUUCAGCAUCAGAGCAUGCCGCGUACAGAGAGUUUUGCGAUGGGGGGAAACAUGUAUCAGGUUGGUGUGAUGGGCUCGCAGGAAGACUGCGCUGAUGUGAGCGUCGUGACGACGCCUCUGGAUACCAACAGCACUGAGAUCUGCUUGGUUUACAACGGGAACGGAGCUAUAAGCAAGGAGUUGACGGACGAGAUGUUUGAAAGUCUCUGUGACAGGGUUUCAGCAUUCUCGCAGGAUCCUUAUGCUUUACUAUAG